AGUUGUCGAUCAGGUUUUCGGUGCCACGUCAAACUAGCUUCUUGUCUUUGCUGAGAGAACCACACACUUGCACGCUAAGAUAAGUCUUCUCCGACUCAGCCUUGCCGUUUGCGUCGAAACCCUGCUGACGAGGACUAAACAUGAUGAAGGCAGUGUUCGCCGGGCUGGUUUUGGCGGCCAUGGCUCACAUGACACAAGCUCAGGCGGCGAGUAACGCAACGAUGGCCACCCCGACUCCAUCUAGUACAAACGGAACGGCUUGCACCGCCCUAACCGAUGACUGUAAACGCCAGGCUAACGACAUCGUCGCUAACAUCACUUCACUGCUGCCGAACAUCUUCAAGAAGGGCAUCAAGAACCAAAUCAAAGCCCUGUGCAGCGCCGCAGCUGGCAAGGCGAAGUGUUGGGAAGACGCCGCCAGGUCUCCUGUUUGCAAGAACAUCCCGAAUGUUGUGAAGAGGUUUGACGGCAUCACCAUCCCCACCACCUGCGGUGGACUGUGCAACCUGCCCAACUUAGCACUGGCCCUCACCGCCCUCCUCACCACAAUGCUUGUCGAGAAACUACAGAUUUUCUGAUCCAUAAAGAUAGCACUUAACGUUAGUUCACCUUUAUCCGCUAGGGUAACCUAUAUCCGUUAUGAAUAAAAAUAGAGUAUUUUGGGAUCGUUAAGUCGAUCGUUGACCUGAUAUCUCUAGAUACCAUUUUUUUUAUAAAGAACGAAUGUAGGUUAGGUGAACUAGCGUUAAAUGUCUAAGCUACCUUAUCGUAGAGAAAUAUGGCGCGGUUGUAUACAAGUACUGGCGCGGGAAAAUGAAAGAUGAUGUCUGUGUGUUUUCCUGUUUUCAGU